AUUUUCUUAAUUUUUCUAUGUACCUUUUAGUCCUUGGAGCGCGUAACUGUACAUAUUUUACAUCAAGAACAUAAAAUUUAUUGGGACUCUUCGAAAUGGCAUCUCGUUUAUUAACCGUCAAUACGCCCUUUAAGGCUCUAACGUUGAAAUCUGGAAUCACCCAAGUACCAAAAUGUUGGAGGUCCACUGCGGCAUCAUGCGCUACUCAACUAAAUGUUCCAGAAACUAAAGUCACUACACUUGAAAAUGGGAUGCGAGUAGCAACUGAGGACAAUGGUUCGCAAACAGCAACCGUUGGCUUGUGGAUCGAUGCUGGUUCAAGGUGGGAAACACCAUGCAAUAAUGGGGUAGCUCAUUUUGUUGAACACAUGCUAUUUAAAGGAACUCCAACAAGAUCACAGACUGCUCUUGAAUUAGAAAUUGAAAAUAUUGGUGCACAUUUAAAUGCAUACACAUCUCGAGAACAAACUGUAUUUUAUGCUAAAGCUUUGAAAAGUGAUGUACCUAAAGCUGUUGAAAUUUUGUCUGAUAUUAUUCAAAACUCUAAUCUUGGAGAAAAUGAGAUUGAAAGAGAACGUGGAGUUAUUUUAAGAGAAAUGCAAGAAGUAGAAACUAAUUUGCAAGAAGUUGUAUUUGACUACUUGCAUGCUACAGCUUACCAAGGAACACCUUUGGGACAAACCAUUCUUGGACCAACUGAAAAUAUAAAUUCAUUAAAACGUUCAGACCUUAAAGAGUAUGUAGAUGUAUUCUAUAGACCAUCUCGUUUAGUGUUAGCUGGUGCUGGUGGUGUUAACCAUGAAGAAUUGGUUGAUCUUGCCAAAACAUUAUUCAAAACCCCUAAAGAUUUGAAUCUCGAUGUUGAAAUACCAACUUACACUAAAUGCAGAUUCACUGGUUCUGAAAUCAAAUCUCGUGACGACUCUCUACCUUUGGCGCAUAUUGCCAUUGCAAUUGAGAGCUGUGGUUGGUCUGAUGCUGAUAACAUACCCUUAAUGGUAGCUAAUACUAUAAUUGGAUCAUGGGAUCGUUCUCAAGGAGGUGGUAACAACAAUGCUAAUCGCUUGGCUCGUUUUGCUGAUUCAUUAGAUUUGUGUCACUCUUUCCAGUCAUUUAACACUUGUUACAAAGAUACUGGUUUAUGGGGAGCAUACUUUGUAUGUGAUAAAUUGAAGAUUAUGGAAUUCACUUUCCAUUUGCAAGAAGAAUGGAUGCGUUUAUGUGCAUCUGUGACUGAAGCUGAAGUGGAACGUGCUAAAAAUGUUUUGAAAACUAAUAUGUUAUUGCAGUUGGAUACGUCUACACAAGUGUGCGAAGAUAUUGGCCGUCAAUUAUUAUGUUACAAUAGACGUAUCCCACCUCAUGAGUUAGAAGCUAGAAUCAAUAAUGUCAGCGCUAAGAACAUACAUGACAUUGCUAUGAAAUAUAUAUUUGACCGAUGUCCAGCUGUUGCCGCUGUUGGUCCAACAGAACAAUUAGUUGAUUAUAAUAGGUUGAGAGCUGGUAUGCGUUGGGUAGUUUUGUAAUUGUAUUUAAAUAUUUUUUUUGUUUUCAUUCGUAUCUUUUAUUAUGCCGUUUCUAUUAUUACAUUUUAUUAUAUUUAAUUAAAUUAAAUUGCAUCAAUAAAGUUCAAAAUUAUCUAAUUAUUCCACAUACAUUUUAAAUGAGCCUACAACAUUUAUGAGAAACGGUAUUUAAUAAAAUUAUUUCGGUAAUAAUGA